CGGCUGUUCUCGCCGUUAGCUGAGGAAAGUGUCGCGAGAGCUGGUUGCCUUGGCUCCCCGUAGCUAUAGCAGCCGCGGCGGUUAAGGAUGCGGCGGCAGGAACUGUGAGUGCGACACCCUCAGGGGGGCGGGGUCGGAGGUAACGGGGGUGCAGGGGGUAGCCCUGGUGGUGGGGGUAGGUCGGGAAUAACGGGCCCAAGUGUGACGUGUUGGAGAGGACCCAGGUCCAGUGGGUAAAGGGACCUGGCGCAGGUCUGCACUAGGGCACUCGGAGGGCUAGAGCUGCCGUGAGGUCCAGUGGGAGGGACGGCGGUGUAGUAGGGUUCAAGGGGCAGGGGCCGGAGUGUGGAAGGGUGUGCGUUGGAAGGAAGAGGGUUACGCGGACUCAGAACUGGAUAAAGGGACCGGACUACAUCGAGGAUUGGAAAGAAUCUUCGGUCCACAAGAAGCAUCAUCAACAAGCCUAAGAAUACAUCCUACCCUGAUCCUGGAUCCUGUUGGAGUUGAGGACUGCAGGCACUUCACCACGAUUUUAUGGAGGCAAUUCAAGAGAAAUAGAAGGACGCAAUACCUAAGGAUUUCUCUGUUUGUGUUUGUACUGUGCCAUGUUAAAUUUUGGGCAUUGUUUGGAGCAAAUGGGGGACGGCUCUGUCAUGUGGAUCUGAGAGGAUACCUGAGUUCCUUGAGCUACAUAGAUGAUGUUUGGAAGGUUGUAAACUCCAAAUAUUUCAACACAGAUUCAUUGAAUUCUGGAUUAUCUUUCACAAAUCAGGACUUCAGCAGACAGAAACUCUUUCCCCAAAAAUACAAAAUCUUCUCUAAGUUUUCAAGCUAAUUGUGAACAAUAAUGUCUUGGAAAAGAAAUUAUUUUUCAGGGGGCCGUGGUAGUGUCCAAGGCAUGUUUACACCUCGAAGCUCAACCUCCAUAGCCCCCAGCAAAGGUCUCAGCAAUGAGCCAGGACAAAACAGCUGCUUCCUCAACAGUGCCCUGCAGGUUUUAUGGCACUUGGACAUCUUCCGACGUAGCUUUAGGCAGCUUACAACUCACAAGUGCAUGGGAGAUUCCUGCAUCUUUUGUGCUCUGAAGGGAAUCUUUAACCAGUUUCAGUGUAGUAGUGAAAAAGUGCUUCCAUCUGACACUCUCCGCAGUGCUCUGGCAAAGACCUUCCAGGAUGAACAGCGUUUCCAGCUGGGAAUUAUGGAUGAUGCUGCAGAGUGCUUUGAAAAUCUCUUGAUGAGAAUUCACUUCCACAUUGCUGAUGAAACCAAAGAAGAUAUAUGUACUGCCCAACACUGCAUCUCCCACCAGAAAUUUGCAAUGACGUUGUUUGAACAGUGUGUAUGUACCAGCUGUGGUGCCACUUCUGAUCCGCUGCCUUUCAUCCAGAUGGUACAUUACAUCUCCACCACUUCCCUUUGCAAUCAGGCUAUUUGUAUGCUGGAAAGACGUGAAAAACCCUCACCAAGCAUGUUUGGUGAGCUGCUGCAAAAUGCCAGCACCAUGGGGGAUCUGCGGAACUGUCCGAGUAACUGUGGAGAAAGGAUUCGGAUUCGCCGUGUGUUGAUGAAUGCUCCACAGAUUAUUACAAUUGGGCUGGUAUGGGACUCGGACCACUCAGACUUGGCAGAGGAUGUCAUUCACAGCCUGGGUACCUGCCUGAAGCUGGGUGAUCUGUUUUUCAGAGUGACGGAUGAUCGGGCCAAGCAGUCUGAACUGUACUUAGUAGGAAUGAUCUGUUACUAUGGCAAACAUUAUUCUACAUUCUUUUUCCAAACAAAGAUCCGCAAAUGGAUGUAUUUUGAUGAUGCUCAUGUCAAGGAGAUUGGGCCGAAAUGGAAGGAUGUGGUGACCAAAUGCAUCAAGGGGCAUUAUCAGCCUUUGCUACUGCUUUAUGCAGACCCGCAGGGUACCCCAGUGUCUACUCAGGACCUGCCUCCCCAAGUUGAGUUCCAGUCAUACAGCAAGACCUGCUACGAUAGUGAAGAUUCAGGACACCUGACUGAUAGUGAAUGUAAUCAGAAACUCACAUCUAAGAAAGGGUCACUGAUAGAACGCAAGAGGAACUCUGGCCGGGUUAGGAGGAAAGGCGAUGAGCCACAGGCCUCAGGGUACCACAGUGAAGGAGAAACACUGAAAGAGAAGCAGGCUCCUAGGAAUGCCUCUAAACCAUCUAGCAGCACCAAUAGACUAAGGGAUUUUAAAGAGACAGUCAGCAAUAUGAUUCACAACAGACCAUCACUAGCUUCUCAGACCAACCUAGGAUCUCCCUGCGUGGGGAAGGGAGGAGACCAGACUGACAAAAAGCCUCCUAGAAAUCUGCCUUUACAUUCUCGUGACUGGGAAGUAGAGAGUACCAGCAGUGAGUCAAAAUCCAGUUCUUCUAGCAAGUAUCGUCCAACGUGGAGACCCAAACGGGAGUCUCUGAAUAUUGACAGUAUCUUUAGUAAGGACAAAAGGAAGCACUGUGGCUAUACCCAGCUUAGCCCCUUUUCUGAGGAUUCAGCUAAAGAAUUUAUGCCAGAUGAACUAAGCAAGCCACCUGCUUACGACAUUAAAACUGGUGGACCAAGCCCCCAGUACAAGCCCUGGGGCCCAGCACGGCCAGGCUCUCACCUUUUAGAACAGCACCCUCGCCUAAUACAGCGAAUGGAAUCUGGCUAUGAGAGCAGUGAGAGGAACAGCAGCAGCCCCAUCAGCCUGGAUGCAGCCCUGCCUGAAAGCUCCAGUGUCUGCAGGGAUCCAAGUGCUAAGAGAUCAGCUGGGUUGGCACCUUCCUGGCGUCACAUCCCAAAGUCUCACAGCAGUAGCAUACUGGAGGCGGACUCCACAGCAUCCAGGAGUAGCUGGGCAAAAAAUCAGCACCUCUCGGGUGGGGAGCUCUCUUCCAAAAGCGAGCUGGAUGAAUUGCAGGAGGAAGUGGCCAGGAGGGCCCAGGAACAGGAACUUCGCAGGAAACGGGAAAAGGAAUUAGAGGCAGCUAAAGGAUUUAACCCUCAUCCCAGUCGCUUCAUGGACUUGGAUGAACUGCAGAAUCAGGGGAGGAGUGACGGCUUUGAGAGGUCCUUGCGAGAGGCAGAUUCAGUGUUUGAAGAGUCGCUGCAUCUGGAACAGAAGGGAGACUGUGCUGCAGCUUUGGCUCUCUGUAACGAAGCUAUCUCUAAACUAAGACUUGCCCUGCAUGGUGCCAGCUCUAGCACGCACAGCAGAGCCCUAGUCGAUAAGAAGUUGCAAAUCAGUAUUCGAAAAGCACGGAGCCUGCAGGAUCGCAUGCAGCAGCAGCAAUCAUCAUCGCCGCAGCCGUCGCAGCUCUCAGCCUGCCCCCCUUCACAGGGGGCGGCCCUCCCUCAGCCAACAAGUGAACAGCCUAUCCCGCUCCAAGUAUUGUUAAGCCGGGAGGCUCAACUAGAACCCUGCACGAAUACAGAGUUUGGGGCCAGUUCUUUCAUCCACUCACCUGCUUCCUGCCAUGAGUCACACUCAUCACUCUUCCCAGAGUCAUCUGCCCUGUCUGCCCCACAGCACAAUUCCCCCAGUAGGUCUGCCUCGAACCUUCUGACUUCAGUUGAGGAUAGCAUUGACCCCUCUACGCUCCACAGGGAGGCCUUACCUAAAACACCAGGGAGGACUGAGAAGAAUGCUCAUUAUGGUUGGGAACCAUUGGAUGUACCAGAGAGUAAGCUGCAAGGCUACAAGGGUGACAACAGCAGCUGUACCAGGUUCCUCCCACAAGAAGGAAGAGGUAUUGAUCAAGAACGGCCAUUCCAAGAAAAGAGGGACCCUGUUGUCUCAUCCCAGGUGAUGCCUUGGUCACACUCAACUGGAACAGACACCUCUGAGAGAGGAGAUGCACACAGACUAGGCUGUAGUCCUUCAAGUUCAUCAGCUCAGUCCAGCCUUCCCCUGUACAGGGCCUGCCACACUGUAAUGCCUGCUGCUUCCUCACCUAUGCUUCACUCUCCUGAUACUGUGCAGAAGACUAACGAAUGCCUCCAAGCCAAAAGCCUCAAAACUUUGUUGACUUCAAAAGUGGAUGCUGGCAGCGAGGAUCCCUAUAGGCCAGAGUUUCCAAGCACAAAGGGGCUUGUCCGUUCUCUAGCAGAGCAAUUCCAGAGGAUGCAAGGUGCCUCCACAAGGGAUGGCACAGGUUCCCAGGAUAGAAGUUUGCCAACCAGUCUAAGAAAGAACUCUUCCCCUUCUGACUCUAAGCUUCCUUUCCCACAGGGUCGAGGGAAAGGCCAUUGGCCUUGGGCAAAACAGCAGCCUUCUUUGGAUGGGAGGGACAGACUACCUUCCUGGGAAGAACCUGCUGAUUAUCCUUGUCUUGCCAUGAACUCUGGGCUGCUUAAUAGUGAAACUUCUAGGGGAAGACAGCCCAGGUUGGCAGAUCCAAGCAUGUAUCAAGGAAAGCCAUCUCAAGUUAGAGACGCUAGGCCUAAGGAACUGGGCAGCAGUGUCGACUUGGGGACUUCCUUGCCUUUGGACUCCUGGGUGAAUGUCACAAGGCUCUGUGAUUCUCAGCUUAAACAUGGGGUCCCUGGGCCAGGAAUGAAGUCCCCCCCCCACGAUUCCCAUACCUGUGUAGCCUAUCCAGAAAGAAACCACAUCCUUUUGCAUCCACAUUGGAACCAAGACACAGAGCAGGAGACCUCAGAAUUGGAGUCUCUCUACCAAGCCAGUCUUCAGGCUUCUCAAGCUGGCUGUUCUGGAUGGGGGCAGCAAGAUGUGGCCUGGCAUUCAUUUAACCAAACGGGCUCUGCAGAUGGUGUGGGGAGGAGGUUGCACUCAGCCCCUGGCCUUGGUCUCUCAAGGACCCCAACAGCAGAAAUGGAGCACAGUCUCCAUGAAGCCAGCACAGUGCCUGCUUCUCAGGCUGCACCUUGCCGAGGCCCCAGCAGGGAGUAUGGGGAGGAUGAUCAGUACGGUGCAGAGAACUUUCACCGCAUCUCACGCAGUCUCAGUGGCACAGUUGUCUCAGAGAGGGACGAGGCUCCAGUCUCUUCCCACAGUUUUGAUUCAUCAAAUUCGAGGAAAAAGCCUUUGGAAACCGGGCACCGUUGUUCCAGCUCCUCUUCCCUCCCUGUCAUCCAUGACCCUCCUGUGUUUCUCCUUGGUCCCCAACUCUACCCACCCCAACCACAGUUCCUGUCCCCAGAUGUCUUGAUGCCCAGCAUGACAGGGGAGCCCCAUAGACCCCCAGGAACUUCGAGGAGUGUCCAGCAGUUUCUGGCUAUGUGUGACAGGGGUGAAACUUGCCAGGGGGUCAAGCACACAGGAAGGACUCUGAACUACCAGAGUCUCCCCCAUCGUUCCAGAAUAGAUGCCUCUUGGGGACCAUGGUCAGAGACCAACCAGCAUAUUGGGGCCAGAUUCCUGAGUACUCCAGGGUGCACGCCUCAACUGACACACACUGCCACACUACCAGAAAGGCCGCAGGGCCUUCAGGUUCCUCAUGCUCAGUCCUGGGGGGAUCUUUUCCAUUCAUCCUCCCACCCUCCCAUUGUUCACCCUGUGUCUCCACCAUCAAGCAAUCUUCAUGAACCCCUGAGGUCAGCUUGGAAUUUGGGUCCUACUCCUGGGUCUCGAGCCCCUGGUCCUCGAAGAGUAGAUAUGCCCCCCGAUGAUGACUGGAGGCAAAGCAGUUAUGCCCCACAAUCUGGGCACAGGAGAACAGGGGGAGAGGAGUUUCUAUUUGUUCUAGCAGAUGCUCCUGGAAGAGAGCAGAUAAGGGCAAGGGCCCUGCAGCACAAUAGGUGGUAAGGGUCACCCCUUCCCUUUCCUGGAACCACAGCCUUCUCUGUUAAACUGUACUGUGGAGGAGCUGGCACCCUGCAUCCCUGCUAGGGUUGUGCUAGUCUCAUCUCGAUGUAAGAGUUGGCAGUGUCCUAGGGGUACCAGGAACCCCUAACAAGACCUGGCUCUUUGAGAGGGAAUAUUUGAAAUUCCAAUUUCCUUUCACCUAGCAAAAGGAAGCAACUGUGGUUUGGGCUCUAUUUGAGCCACUUUACAGAUGAAUCCAUAUUACCCCAGACACUAGUCAUUUCUUAGGAUCUUAGGGUCACCAUUUUAUUCCUGGAUCCUUUAUGCCCCCACCUGCACCUGAGCCUUUAUCCUGUGUUCCCUAGUAUACUGCCAACUUCUAUUCUUUGUUUUACUUACCUAUCUUUAUUACCUGACCUUCUGUCUCCCCAUAUCUCAUCCUCAGGGGGACAUGUAGCUGUGUGGUCAUGGUCCUGACCACAUCAUUCAGGGCAGCCUGUUUGCCCCGUAAUUAUGAACGGUCAGCCUUCCCUGUGCCCCGACACCUUAGGCCUAGAAUGCAGAGCUGCCAACGUAACAUUUGCCCUUCUGAACAGAUGGAGUCAGGCACACUAACACACCUUCCUGUCCUCAGCAGCAGAGCCAUUACUGCCACUUGCACAGUCACCAUUGUAAACCCUCAGAGUCAGCUAAACUAUUUUAGGGCCAAACAUACUGUUUUUGUAAAGUAUUUUUCAUUAAUAAAUCUUUAAGAUAGUUGUAUUUAA